AAAAAGUCAUGGAAAUCAAGAAUCCGCGUCGCAUUCUCGUGCUAGGCAAACCAGACUGCGACAUUUCUCGCCUUGUCAAAGGUAGACCCUGUCCAUCUUCCGCGCACCCACAUCUCAAGAGCAGCAUAGGCUCACCAAUGCGACAGNCUCUAACAGGUUCCGCGCCCACUCCCGACCCAUCCACCGACUCCCUCGCCGGCGUAACGCACGAAUGGAAUAUCAAGAACGCAUACUACACAGCCAACAUCCCCAUUUGGAUCGAUGAAGUCACCGACCUCGAGGCUUGGAAAGCUGAAUUUCUAAAACCCGAAGCCAAAGAAGUGGUAGAUGCAUUGGGCGCAUGGAUAUACUGCUUCGGCAGCGGCAAGAAAGAGUCGGAAAAUGCAGGAGAUGAAGUCGUAAUAUCUGAAGAAGCGGAGCAGACUAUGAAAGCUGUAGAUGAGGUGGUCAAGAAAGCAUGCGGUAGCAUGUGGGAUGGUACAAAACUUGCCAUUGACCUCACACCAUCCAACAAGGGCAAAUUUGCGGAUCCAGCUGAAGAACUGUGUCUGGAUCUCACAUUCGAGUAUUUCCACAUUGAUGCUGAGGGAAAGAAUGAUUACGGAGAAAAGCUAGGGUUGGAGGCGAUGAAAGAUGUGCUUGAAGCAAACUCAUGGUCUGCUCUGCCUACCGAAAACGAUGACGAAGACAACAUAGGAGACAUGGACGAUGAGCAGGCACAGAUGAACGCAGAGCUUUGGGGUAUGAAGACUUCUCUGCUAGACCCGGAUAACGACGAUGAUGAGGNNGACGAGGGAAGUGCUUUGCAGAUUGAAGGCAUAGAGCAGAUGAUGAGUCAAUUGAUGGCUAUANAAAGAGCUGACAAUACAACAGAGCACACUGCUGGCAUGCCAGAGAACGAUCGGAAGAGAUAUGCUGCCCGAGCUGUUGACGACCUUAUGAAGAACUUUGAA